UACUAUUUGUUAUUAGGAUUACUUAAGUUCCCUGUCGUGUACCGGUAGAGUUUUGUACAAGAUGUCCUUUUCCAUCUCUCAAGAGUCUUUGUUAAUUCAGCUUUAUUUUACUUAGUACAAUGUACAAUACGAGCAUGUCACAAAAGUUAUCUUUCCGCGUUUCUUAUCUUUUAAGAAUGAAAAGUGAAUUUCUGUAUGAGAUAACUAUUCCUACGUUGAGUUUGGUACAAAAACAGCCGCAGCGUCGCAAACACCGCAGUCGUUCGAAACCAAUCAUACUCAGAGCACCUAAAACGGGCAUCAUGUCGGACAAUGAUCACGUUUUACAAGAACUGUUGGAGACAAUCGCGGCAGAGCACGGUUACAAGAACUGCGAUAUGAAACUUCAAUCAUAUUCUACGGAAGGAGCUAACUACACUUCUCAAUUGUACAAUGUAUCUCUCACCGCACCUGGCAAAGACGACCUAAAGCUUUUUGCUAAAGUAGCCUCCGUUAACGAGGAGGUACGUUUACAAUCGCCAUUCAAUAUGUUUGAGACCGAAAUGUUCUUCUAUACGAGCUUGUUAAAGCAAUAUCAAGAAUUGGAAGAGAAACACAAAGUUCCAGAGGAACACCGGCUGGCGACUGUCAAGUUUUAUGGCUGCAAAAAGGAAUUUUUAAAAGAAAUACUCGUCUUUGAAGAUGUAACUUCUAAAGGUUUUGGGACAUUCCAGAGACAUCAGCUAAUUGACUGGGAGUACGCGUCAACAGCGAUUCGGGAACUGGCUAAAUUUCACGCUUUAUCCAUUGCACUACACCAACAGAAGCCGCUAGAGUUCGAGGAUAUCACAAAAAAAUUUACUCUUGAUAGAAAGAAACUAGAAGGCAUGAAACCAAUGAUGGACGCUGCGACUAAAAUGUUACUUGAAAUUGUAAAAGAAGAGAACAAAGACAGGGUAAAGGCUUUCAUGGAUAAAGCUCAAGAUUUUCCAGUCGAUCACUUCAACAGACCUAUGCACCAGCCGGUGAUUGCGCAUGGAGAUUUUAGAACGAGUAACUUCAUGCAUAGAGUACAAGGGGAUGGUAAAUUGGAGCUAGUGGUUCUGGAUUACCAGAUUCUUAACGUAUCCAACUCAGUCAUCGACCUGAUGUACUUCAUAUUCAGCGGCUCUGAUGAGGAGUUCCGCGGGAAGCAUUAUCACCAACUGCUCGACUACUACCACGCAGAGUUAUCCGCCUCUCUCGACAGGCUAGGUGUCGACUCUCUCACUACUUACCCCAAAAAGGAUUUUGAUUCCGAUGUUAAAGAGAUCGAGCCAUACGGGUUAAUCGUGAGCAUGAUGACGGUGCCCCUGAUGACUGUAUCGGCGGAGGACGCGCCCAGUCUGGAGUCAGGCAGCUUUGGCGACAUCCUGGUGCGUCCCGGCACCGUCGCCGUCGAAAGGAUCAACGGUAUCGUUAACGACUACAUUAAGUUGGGAGUGUUAUAGACUAUUUUGUACAAUAAAGAUAUAUUUUUAAA